UCCUCAGCGUUGUUUUCCAUUCGUGCGUUUUCUGCUGAAAACAUCCUACAAAAUGGGUAAAACUAGCAAGGAUAAGCGAGAUAUUUACUACCGUCUUGCCAAGGAGGAAGGAUGGCGUGCCCGUAGCGCCUUUAAGCUGAUUCACAUCGAUGAGGUUUUCCACAUUUUCAAAGGUGUAACACGAGCCGUCGAUUUGUGUGCCGCUCCGGGCAGCUGGAGCCAGGUAUUGUCGAAGCGUCUGUACGAAAGCCGCGACCCGAAGGACCGCGAUGAGGUAAAAAUCAUCGCCGUAGAUUUACAGUCGAUGGGACCAUUGCCAGGCAUCAUACAGCUGCAGGGUGACAUUACGAUGCUCAGCACAGCGGAAGCGAUCAUCGAACACUUUGGCGAGCAGCAAAAGGCACAGCUGGUUAUCUGCGAUGGUGCGCCGGAUGUGACCGGGCUGCACGAUAUCGAUGAGUACAUUCAGUCGCAGCUGCUGCUGGCCGCACUCAACAUUACCACCCAUGUGCUGACAAAGGGUGGCACGUUUGUGGCGAAAAUCUUUCGCGGCAAUGACACGACGCUGUUGUACUCGCAGCUGAGAAUCUUUUUCGAGCGUGUUACGAUUGCCAAACCACCGAGCUCGAGAAACUCCAGCAUUGAGGCGUUCGUGGUUUGUCAGGAUUAUAGACCACCGGAAGGUUACAUUCCGCAGAUGAUGAAUCCCAUGCUGGACGAUGUGCGGCAGAUUGCUAUGCAGACGGAGUCGCCGGUCAAUCGAGCCAUUAUACCGUUUCUGGUAUGUGGCGAUCUGCGCGAGUUUGAUUCGGACAUGUCGUACAGCUUGAACAUUGACCCGGAAAAGGAUUACGAGUAUCGGGAUGUGGUUCAGAAACCACUAGCACCGGCCUAUAGCGAAGUACUGGAGCGGAUGAAGACAACUUCCCUUAAGCAUGGCAGCAUUAAGGUUGAGGCGGACAAAAAGAAGGAUUAAAU